AUGGAAGACGAUGACCGAGUGUCUGGACCACCACGGGAACGCCGGCUGCACCACACCGCACCGUACCACGCGCUGAGCCAGGCAGCAGCUUCUGGAGCUGGCAGAGAGAUGGCCUCUCAGUGGACGCGGGUGAACAGCGCCGAGAGAAAGGUGCCUCACACGCGCAUGGAGGAUGAGAUCGACAUCCAGCAAAUCUACUCCUUUGGGAGGAAACUAGGUCAAGGAAGCUUUGGGGUCGUCUGCGAAGCCACCCACAAAGAGACGCAGAAGAAGUGGGCCAUCAAGAAGGUGAACAAAGAAAAGGCAGGGAGCUCUGGAGUGAAACUGCUGGAGAGGGAGGUGAGCAUCCUGAAGCGAGUCAAUCAUGAGCACAUCAUUCACCUGGAGGAAGUCUUUGAGACGCCAAAGAGGAUGUACCUAGUGACAGAGCUGUGUGAGGGCGGCGAGCUGAAGGAGCUGCUGCAGAAGAGGCAGCGCUUUAAAGAGGAGGACGCGCGCCACAUCAUCAGCAGCCUGGCCCAGGCCAUCGUCUACCUGCACAAGAAAGACAUUGUGCACCGAGACCUCAAACUGGAAAACAUACUUGUUAAGAGUUAUCACCAUGGCGACGAUAACAACACGGUCAAUAUCAAGGUGACAGACUUCGGACUGUCUGUGCAGAAAGGUGGGGUUGGCAGUGAGAACAUGCUGCAAGCCACCUGUGGCACUCCAAUCUAUAUGGCUCCAGAGGUCAUCAACGGGCACGAGUACAGCCAGCAGUGUGACGUGUGGAGCAUCGGCGUCAUCAUGUACCUGCUGCUGAGCGGAGAGCCUCCGUUCAUGUCCAGCUUGGAGGAGCGGCUCUUCGAGUUGAUCAAGAAAGGCGAACUCACCUUCAGCACUCCUGUCUGGGACAGUAUCAGCGAUGCAGCUAAGAAGGUGGUGUGCUGCCUGCUGAAGGUGGACCCUGCCCACCGAAUCACUGCCAAUGAGCUGCUGGAUAACCCUUGGAUCACAGGUGACACUACCAUGACGGCAACACCCACAAAUGUGCUGGAGAUGAUGCGUCAGUUCCGGAAUGAUCCGGAGGACUCAGAGGUAGACGAGGCAGGCUCUGGGUUGGAGCAGAUGUCGCUGUGCUGUUCCCAGAACAGCCCGUCUAAACCAACGCAAACGCAGACACCGACGCCAACGCUGGACAGAGGCCUCGAGGCAGACACAGACGGUAGCAAGCCCUCCACGCCCUCCAAACAGAGGAACAAGAAGAAAGCCUCACAUUCAUCCUCCAAUGGAGCUAAAAAGAAUGGCUCAGUCGUAAAGACAUUCAGUAACACACAGGUGGUGGCACCAGGCACAGCGGCCCCGCGGACCGGAGCGAGACGGCCCCCUCCGCCAAGUCUGCGUCCGGCGCCGGCAAGUGCGAAGCCCCGGGCGGCCCCUGCAACAGCCACGCCCUUCCUUCCGACGGCGGGCCCGGGUCCCGCUGCCCAAAGCCACCCGCUCUCGGCUGCACCAAGACCAAGAAGGUCCCCUAGGGUGGGUGUGGGGGUGGGGGAGACGCAGGCGGAAGCCCCGCGCCUCAGGAGAGAGCCAAAGCAGCACGGCACGGUCCGCAGCGUACCCUGGAGUGUGACUAGCCUGCUGGACACAUGAAACGUCCGACCCCCUUCUUCCUUCCCCCUACCCAUGACACACGACAGCUCUUCUGUGGCCCUAAUCAGUUCAUCCUGAACGAUGCAGCAGAGCUGCUCAGCCAAGCCCAGAGAGCUGCUCCAUACCUACAGCCACGCCACCCAUCUCCCACGUCAUCAUCCACUCCAACACAACAGCGUCCGUCAGCACAGUCGCCUGGAAGAGAUGAAUUGACUCCUGCUUCUACUCUUUCAGUGAUGACUUCCCCUCCUAAAAAACUAUGGUGGGGCGCUGAGUAGGAGGUGAGAUAGCUGUAGAAAGGCACAAGGGACAAGGUCCAGCUGACUCAGGACAACUAGCAAUAAAGAGUCAGCUGAGCAUGAGCUUGUUCGUCCUGCCCACGCUCAUCGGACUGAUUACACCUAUGCACAGCAGUAGGUUAACAAUCAAAUUAUUAAUAAACACACAUAAUAAAAUAUCUGUUGUGUUACUGAGGAAAGUGUUAUAAUUAUUUAGAAAUGGUAAUACUGAGGGUGUACAGGGUUAAGGUGUUGUUACUCCUUUGAAUGGUAAUUUUGUAAUCAAGCAGUAUUUUGCUAGCUGUGUGAUUUACACUCAAACACUAAAUGCCAAAAUAAGUCAUGACACACUUCUGUCACUUGUAUUGCAUUCUUUGUGUUACUAUAGAGUGAGUCAGUGAAAUUAUUAUUAUUAUUAUUAUUAUUAUUAUUAUUAUUAUUAUCGUUUCUGUUGUUGAGACAGAAAGGGAGUAUGAGUGACAGAUUUUUUCAUGUCAGGCAUCUGUCUUCUCUUGAGUCGUUUUAGUCUUUGCCAAAUCAUGAAGCUGUUAAGAAAUUGAU